GAUUUCCUGGGAAAGUCAUGGUCCUUACAAGAAGUGCUGUGGAAGUCUGUGCUUAACUCUUCUGGUUCUCUUCACUCAUCAUGAAGGUUUUAAAAGCCUGUCUCAGAUGUUUGCCGUGGCUGUUAUUCCUGUUCACUCCUGAAGGGUUUUGUAACCAGCAAAUUCAUUGCCAGUGGGGUCCUUAUGAUGACUGGUCAGAGUGUGAUGGUUGCACCAAAUUACAGACAAGAAGCCGAGCCAUUGCAGUUUAUGCUCAGUUUGGAGGGAAUCCAUGUGGGGGAGAGCAAACUCAGAACAGGCCCUGUGAAACCACACAAGGCUGCCCUCUAGAGGAUGGAUGUGGAGACAGGUUUAGAUGUAGAUCAGGAAAGUGUGUCAGCCAAUCACUGGUGUGCAAUGGAGAUCAAGACUGUGAGGAAGAUCAAGCAGAUGAACGAGUUUGUGACCCAUUCCGAAGAUACAUUAUAUGUCAUGAGUCAACUCUUCCACCAAACAUUGAGCUCCUGGGACUAGGGUUUGAUGUGGUGUCAGGCCACUGGAGGGCCAGUGUGAUCAACACAAAGAGCUUUGGGGGCCAGUGUCGCACCAUAUUCAGCAACAUCCACAAUACCGUCUACAGAGUGCCCCAAAGUGCCCUUCAGUUCAAUUUUCUGAGUAAAGUUCAGAAUGACUUCAGUGAUGAGACCUUCAGCAGCAGAUGGCACUAUGCUAAGGACAUAGUGAAGAGAGAGACUGUACAUGGAACCUCACGUGGAUAUCGCAACUAUGACUUCCAUGAAUCUAACGUCAACACUCAGAACCAAAGACUGCUGGUUUUAAAGAAUGACAUUGAGGUAGCUCGUUUCCAGACUAACACUCCUCAGUACAUUACAAUAUCUGAGGAUUUUUGGAAGGCACUGACAAAACUUCCAGUGGUCUACAACUACGCAGCCUACAGGAAUGUUUUGGAGAGGUUUGGAACACACUACCUGUCCGAGGGAAUCUUAGGAGGCUCCUUGAGAGUCUUCAUCAGCAUGGAUUCGGAAACUGAACAACUGAUAGUCACGGAGAAACUGAACUAUCAGCAAUGUGAUCGGACUGAACACCAGUUCCUUUUUUUUUUCAAAGUCACUUCGGAGGACUGCAAACAUGGAUCCAGCCGCUCCUCCUCACACAGAGGUAUUAAAAAUAGGUCCAACAUCAGGCCAAAUGUGAAUAUAGCUGGUGGAAGCCUUCAGAAUAUUGCAGCGCUGCAGGCCAUGGACUUCAGUAAUCCAGAGCAGAACUGGGAAAUGUACACAAACUGGGCUGAGUCCGUCAGAUCAUUUCCACAAGUCACAAAACAAAAGCUGCAGCCACUAUCAGAUUUGGUAAAGGAGGUUCAAUGUGCUGGACUGAAGAAACUCCACCUUCGCAAGGCCAUAGAGCAGUACCUUUCUGAGAGAGACCCCUGCCACUGCCAGCCCUGCAGUAACAAUGGCUUAGCGGUCAUUGACGGCGGUGAAUGCAAAUGCAUCUGUAAGCCCAGCACCUCAGGACUGGCCUGUGAGCAGGGAAGUGAUCCGGAGGGUCAGCAGGGAGUGAUUGAUGGUAGCUGGUCUUGCUGGACCACCUGGUCUGCAUGCUCUGGAGUUCAUAGAUCACGCAGUCGUUCCUGCUCAAAUCCAGCACCUCAGAAUGGGGGUCAACACUGUGUCGGAGAGGCAACGGAGACAUCGGACUGUGAGGACCAACAGUUGGAAUUUUUAAAAACAAUGGAGCCACAGUGCUUUGACCAGACUCUCCCAGUCAUUCAGAAGUGUGGAACCCCGCCUGCUUUAAUCAAUGGCUAUAUUCUGGAUCCAAAGGACAUUUACCUUGUGGGCAGUAGGGUCCAGUACACCUGCACUGAGGAGUUCUACCUGGCCGGUCACAGCGUUCUGGAAUGCACUGCUAAUCAAACCUGGUCUGACAGCCCUGGACUAUGCACAUUAUCAAGGUGUACGAUCGAUUUCAUCAGUGAUGAGGUCAUAGUCUCUCCAUUGAAAAAGGUCUAUGACAUCGGGGAGACAGUUACCUUGUCCUGUCCAGAGGGGAAAUUGUUAGAAGGAGAACCAACAGCCAUUUGUGGCUCCACUCUGCGUUUUUCACCCUCCCUGGCAAACACCCAAUGCAUCCGAGUUGCCUCCCAGUCGGUGCAACAACCACAAACCCAUGCUUCAGUGCAGUGUAAUCCUUGGGAGAAGGUAUCCAGAGGAAAGUGCUUUUGCAAAAUGCCUUUUGAGUGCAGUUCAUCUUUGGAGUUGUGUGCCACUAAUCCUGUGAGUGGAAAAUCAGUCCUUAUUAAUGUAUGCAAAAUGCAUGCAUUGAAAUGUAUGGGUAAGAACCAUGAAAUAGCUGAGGACAGCUUCUGCAUCUGGCCACGGCGCAACACAAAUGCAGGCUGUACCAAGUGUCACAUGUGGGAAACCUGUGAUGAGCAAUCCAACGAGUGUCGCUGUAAGGAGGAGGCAGAUUGUACGACUCCAGGGAUAAAUGUUUGUGUCCGUGUUGGGGAGAACAUAACAGCAGUCCCUCAGACCAUGAGCGAAUGUGAAGCCGGUUUGAAGAGAUGUAAAGGAGAAAAGGUGUCAGUUGUCAACAUCCUGCCCUGCACUUCCUGAGGAUGCAGAAGCAGAGCUGACCCCAUGAAUUUUUAAUACAUUCAUCCUGUAAUCCAUAUUUAUCAUAUUUGCCACUAAAUUAGCAUUAAAUCUCAUGUAACUGCUUUGGUAUGUUAUAAAAUUAUAUUGUAUGACACAAAAAUAGAACAAAAUCAAAUAAAUAAUAAAGCAAAUGUA